UACUCCCUAUUCAUAUACAUAAUUUUCCCCUCUUUCCUUCGGUCCUCCUCUUAUUCUUGUGGAUGAUCUAUUGUUUUCUUGUCAGCAACUGCGAAGACAUUUCUUGCUCUCUGCAUCAUCGUCACCAACAAACGGAUGCUCCUCACCAUGCCUGGCAAAACAGCUACCCCACCACGUAUAACAAAAUUUACCAACUGCCGGAUUGUUCACGGUAACCAACUCGUCGAGCAAGAUGUCUGGGUUGACUCUCUAUCUGGAAAGAUUCUUCGCGAUCAGGAGGCCUUUUAUGAAUUGCACAUGUCUCCCGAUGAGGUCAUCGAUCUGGGUGGCCGAAUCCUUGCUCCAGGACUUAUCGAUGUGCAGUUAAACGGUGCCCAAGGCUUUGAUUUUUCUGUUCCCAAAGCUUCAAAAGAGGAAUAUGAUGAAGGGUUGCGCAUGGUCAAUAAGGGCCUCGCCAAAACCGGUGUGACAUCAUAUCUCCCAACCGUCGUUAGUUCAACGCCAGAGGUUUACUGGAAAGUCCUCCCAUCUUUAGGUCCUUCUGGAGCCAAGCAUCGCGCAGAAGAUGGUGCAGAGUCGCUGGGUGCCCAUGUGGAGGGUCCCUUUAUCAGCCCCGGCCGCAAUGGCAUCCACAAAACUGAUGUUUUGCGUGCCGCGAAGAAUUUUGAAGAUGUUGUUAGCUGCUAUGGCAAGGAAAACAUGUUCGGGCCGUCGAAAACAGUAAAAAUGAUCACAGCUGCCCCCGAAGUGGGCAGCAUGGUCAACAAUAUUCCAAACCUGACCGCCCAAGAUAUUAUCUAUUCAAUUGGACAUUCAGAUGCAACAUAUGAGCAAGCUAUGAGCGCCACCAAACAAGGCGCGACCAUGAUUACCCAUCUUUUCAAUGCUAUGCGGCCCUUUUACCAUCGCAACCCUGGCGUAUUUGGUCUUCUGGGCCAAAAUGAGCUCCGCCGACCUUUCUAUGGUGUCAUCGCCGAUGGCAUCCAUCUCCAUCCCACCUCAAUUCGAAUUGCGUACAACGCCCAUCCAAACGGUCUCAUUCUCGUGACUGACGCCAUGAAGUUGUGCGGUCUCCCGGAUGGUGUCUACGAUUGGACCAACGGGGAGCGCAUUGUCAAAACUGGAGCUCGGUUGACGCUUGAGGGGUCAGAUAAGAUUGCAGGCAGCUCCGCCACCCUCAUCGAAUGUGUGAACAACUUCCGCCGAUGGUCCGGUGCGUCGACCGCGGAGGCCCUGAAUGCGGUUACUGCCACACCCGCACGUCUCUUGGGACUUGAAGGUGUCAAGGGAACAUUGGACUGUGAUGCAGAUGCAGAUCUGGUCGUCCUAACUGACGCACCAGAUCCUUAUUCUGGGCCUACCUUGACGAUUGAUCAAGUCUGGAAGCGCGGCGUCAAGAUCUAUGAUGCUGAGAAGGAAGCUGCCAACAGUGAGGCUUAACGCCUUCAGAGUGCUAUACACAUGCUAUACUAUCCCGGUUUGUGGUUGUGCUAUCUCUUUUUAAUUGCCCGUUAGAUUACCUUACUUAUCCUAUCCUUCUCCUAUAGCUACCUCCUAUUCUUGAGUGUCUCUUUGUUUUGUGUAUCAAACAGCGUGAUUUGUCUUUUUGCCGAUGUCGUUCAUUACUUUCAUUUAUACCUCGUAGCUGUUAUUCUUGUAUUCUGGAGAGCAAUUCACGAUAGAAUUAAGACUAUAGAAUCCUUCAUACAGAUUAGACCAAAAA